CCUCCAUGGCUUGGGCUUGGCUAUAAAUACUUGCUGCCAAGCUCUUCUUCUUCCCCACACCAAGAGCCCUCCUCACUCCUCAGAGGAAGCAGAGGAGCACACCUGCGGCUGCAGACCAUCGCAAAACAGCAGCAGCGAUGAGCCGGGGCGCCCUGGACCUGAAGCUGCACCUGUCGCCCCCGGCGCCGGCGGCGCGGGGAGGGGCGGAGAGGAGGGCGUCGCCGCUGUCCUCGUCGGACGAGGAGUGGUCGUCGUCGUCGCCGAGCUCGUGCCUGUCGUCGGAGGGCGAGCGGGAGCCGCCGCCGCCGCCGCCGCAUCGCCAGGGCCACGGGCUGCAGUGGUCCGACAGCCCGGAGGCGACGUCCAUGGUGCUGGCGGCCUGCCCGCGCUGCCUCAUGUACGUGAUGCUCUCCGAGGCCGACCCGCGCUGCCCGCGCUGCCGCAGCCCCGUCCUCCUCGACUUCUUGCACCGCGCCGCCGCCGGCCGGGAGGGCGACGGCCACAGCCGCAAUGGCACCCGCAGCGGCGGCGGCGGCAGGAACAGGAGGGCAUGAUCGUCCGCUCGCGGAGCCGCGUCAAGAAACCAGAAGUUUCCCCCCAAAAUUAGCCCGAGUAUUAGCAGUAUUAAUUAGCACCAGUAGCGCUCCCAUGAAUCGGUCGCAAGAAAACAAGAACUGCUCGCUCCAGUGUAACCAUGAUAUGUCAUCUCCGGCGCCGGCGAGGUGGUAACCGUGGUAUAUCACGGAUACACUGGAGAGGAAUGGAACAAGAGAUCUUCCCA